CCUGCCGCCGAAACGGAUAAACGACGCUCACAACUUAUCAUCCAUUCGUCAACGCCUGUUGGUCAAAUGGUAGCCAUGUUUUUUGUGACUUUAGUUCGGUAAACAAUUAUAACGUUAAUUUUUUUUUAAAGUAUUUUUUUCAUUCGGUCGGCGAUUGAUUAACACCGUCGGGUCACGAUAUUUUAUUUCUUCCUCUUCGUCGUACGCGGAGAAAUAACCGCACUUUUCCGAGAUGAAGAACGUUUACAGCGUCCUCGUUGUGCUGUGCAUUAACCUCGCGUUUUCUCAGAGGACACCCACUAUAUCUCAUAUAACACAAAAACCUAUAAAAGAUAUUGGCGGCACAGCGGAGAUGACAUGUUCAGUUUUAUAUGCCAUGGAUUUCCCUGUUUUAUGGGUUAAGGUUGAUAAAGAAAAAAUAACUGAACCUGUUAUGCUUUCAUCUGGAAGUACACUUAUUAUAAAAGAUUCAAGAUUUUCAUUAAGACAAGACAUUGACAGCACUAGUUACACACUACAGAUUAAGGAUAUUCAAGAAACUGAUGCUGGUUAUUAUCGCUGUCAAGUAUUGCUUGGGUUGAACAACAAAAUAUCUGCCGAUGUAGAGUUAGAAGUGCGCAGACCUCCUAUUAUUUCUGACAACUCAACUAGAUCAUUGGUUGUAAAUGAGGGUCAACCAGUAAAACUUGAAUGUUAUGCUGGUGGAUUUCCUAGUCCGAGAGUUUCCUGGAGACGUGAAAAUAAUGCUAUUUUACCCACAGGCGGAUCAAUUUAUAGAGGUAACAUUUUGAAAAUUCCGGCAAUAACUAAAGAAGAUCGUGGAACCUAUUACUGUGUAGCUGAAAAUGGUGUUGGAAGAGGCGCCAGACGUAAUAUUGCCAUAGAGGUAGAAUUUGCUCCAGUUAUAACUGUUCCUAAACCUCGUUUGGGACAAGCUCUACAGUAUGACAUGGAUCUCGAAUGUCAUGUUGAGGCUUAUCCUCCACCAGCCAUUAUUUGGAUAAAUAAUGGAAUACAACUAUCCAACAAUCAACAUUAUAGAAUCUCGCAUUUUGCUACUGCAGAUGAAUUUACAGACACUACUAUACGUAUUAUCACAAUUGAGAAACGUCAAUAUGGUGAUUACAUUUGCAAAGCAUCAAAUGUAUUAGGAACUGCUGAAGUUACAGUUAAUCUUUAUGAAACAAUAAUACCAGUAUGCCCACCAGCUUGUGGCCAACCAUCAUCACACUUAAGAAGCUCCAGCAUCAAAACUGCUAGUGUAAAUGUUUCAAUCUUGAUUGCUACAUACCUGUACUUUGUUCACCUUUAUUUUUAAAUUACUUUUCCAUCAAAGAACAAUUACAGUAAUGUAGCCGGAGGAAUUAAAAAUCUUUUUCUACAGUUCCCAUAUUAUUACAUUUGCAACUGAUAGUGCCUUUAUUUUAUAUUUAAUUACUACAUACAUAUUGUAUACCUAGAUUAAUGAAUAAUUAUUCCGUCCAAGAACCAAUUAUUAAUGUGUAAGCACCAAUAUUAUUGCCUUGUUAUUGUGACAUGCCUAUAAUUUGUUCACCUUUAUUUUAAGACUAUUUAUCGGUCUGUCCAUUUUUAAAAAAUAUAUAUCUAAUUGAUUUUAUAAGUUAACUUUUAUUUAAUGUAAUUUUAUAUUAAUAAACUUUAUAUUUAUAUUUUA